UCAAGACGCUGAACUUCUCCUGGGGGAUUGCCUGGGAAACUUGGGCAAUUCUGCUAGACUGAGGGCUUGUUCAAGUAGGUUUUAUCCUACAGGAUGGCGAAUUUUAAAGUACCAAUGGGCUAUAACUACAGUCCGUCGUACCAUGCUUACGCGUAUGGGUUAAGGUACCCACAAACUCCUGAGCAAACCCACGCUAAUAGGAACUGGACAGAGUCUGCUUAUGGCUCUUCUGUAGGGGUUCCAGGGAGUUACUACACCCCACAGCCGCCGUCUUCUCAAACACCGCCCGGGAGUCCGGAACACAACAACCCGACCUCUGGUUACCCAGGCUCAGUCGUGUACUACGCCAACCCGAAGGCGCGCACACAGACUGGCCGUGUUUUCUUCCCGAAUAACCGGCUUCAGUUUGGCCAAGCGAACAAGCCACAGGAGCGAGCCAGCAGUGAUACACCGAGCGACUCCGAGGCCCACACGCCAGAUUCCUGGAGCUCGGGGAGCAGUCGGGAAGGCGGCACAGCUCAAGUGGAUGCAGUUCUCCCUAACUGGGUUAAAACUGCGCAGACACAGGAGCUUAACACUGAUGGCCCUAACGGUAGCAAGGUCGUUUCCAGCUCCGUAUCCGCGGUUUCAGAAGGUCCGGCUUGUAUGAACGCAGAGAGUGGCGGUGUCUUGCCAGAGGUGCCCACAGAAGCUCCGUCUCCCAAACCAGUGGAAACGGCGGCGCCUCCUCAGCCGCGCAAAGCGAAAGCGCGCACCGCCUUUUCUGAGGAACAGAUGAGCGCGUUAAACGACCGCUUUAACGUGCAGAGGUACCUCACCCCCGCCGAGAUGAAGACUCUAGCAGGAUUCACUGGGCUUACCUACAAACAGGUGAAAACCUGGUUUCAGAAUCGCAGAAUGAAGCUAAAGAGGCACCAGAAGGAUAAUAGCUGGGUGUCUGAGCGGUACAUUACUGGCAUCCCAAAUGCACAGACUGCACAUUCUCAGUUCCAGGUUGAUGCACCAAUACUGACCCAAGACCUUUACAACCACCAGUUUAGAGAUGCUGUGUUCAAGAGCCCUCCACAGGCCCCCUCCUUUUACCUCAACUACUCUCGGCAGAUGUCACCUUCCCAGGCUUCAUCUAAGCCUCAGGGAGGUUGGUGUAUGUCCCAAGCUGUGCAGCACUAUGAUUUCCUCAAUCCUGCCAACUAUGUGCCAGUUGGUGGGAAUACUGGUCCAGGAGAUGUUUGUGUUGAUCCAGGCAGCACCCCUGCACAGAUGGCCACAGUGCAUGGUGCCACACAGUGGCCAUAAUAAGCAACUGCACCUGGCUGCCUGUGGCUUGCAAGGUGGUGUGUAGUUCAGAAUUGGCUGCUUUUGAUUUUAUAGCAAAGGGUUUCCCCAUUCCAGUCAUUGGGGGGGUCCUGGUAUAAUUUGGUUUUCUGCCCUGUUUAUUAGAUGGAACAGUUUUACGGUGACCCUCCAAGACUGGAACUGGGAACCUGUAUGCUGUCAAUAGCUUUGAAGUAUGUUAACUUUUUUUUUAAAUUUGCUGUAAGUGGUCAAUGCUUUGAGCAAUGAUUUUGUUCCUCUACUUUUUAUAUGGAAGAUCUAUUUUGUCAAUGAGCCUUCCAGAGUAUUUUAAUCCUCUUGGGAACCCUUGCUCUCUAAUUCCUGCAAUGCUUGUGUUUUUUGUUUUUGUUUUUUUUUUUCCCCCCCACCUUUUGGUCCUUGUCUUUAAGCUGUUUUUUGGACCCAUCCUUGUGUAGACCUUGUGCAUGUUAUGGUGUUCAGAAUGUUUUCUCUGAUCAAGAAUGUCUUAACCUUGUAAAGCAAGCCUUUAUAGCUAUUUCUACUUUUGUCUAGCAAUGUGACAUCCCAAACCAUUGUUUCGUUUAAUUUUUCUUUGA